CAAUUUCAAGUAGAUUUUAUUUGUUUGUUUUUCAACAUUACUUUUUGUAUCUAACAAGCUGCAAGACAGGACCACUUGGCUUAUUUGGUUGCUUGAUUGGAUGUAUACAAAAUUUUGUGGACUUCAUCAAAGUACAAUUUUCUUUGUAAUCUAAAACUGGCAGAGACCACUACCUGUUUCCUCUUUCUCCCUUUUUAUCACCUCAGCUGUGUGGGAAAGACUAGAAAGGUGUUUAAAGUUUGGGAAAAGGGCAGAGAUGAGAAACAGUAAGUAUGCUCCUCUAUUUGAAACAAAGAGAGCGAAGGGCAUAGCCAUAUAUAGGCUCUUUGCAGUAUCUAUCUUCAUAGGCAUAUGUUCAAUUUGGGCUUAUAGACUGAGUCACAUACCAAGAAAAGGAGAAGAUGGGAAAUGGAUCUGGAUUGGUUUGUUUGCAUCUGAGUUGUGGUUUGGUUUUUCCUGGAUCCUCAGUGAAGCACACAGGUGGAACCCUUCUUACAGGUGCACCUUCAAGGACAGGCUCUCGAAGAGAUAUGGAAAUGACUUGCCUGAUGUGGACAUAUUCGUGUGCACCGCAGAUCCUGCAAUAGAACCUCCAAUGAUGGUGAUUAACACUGUUUUAUCAGUCAUGGCCUAUGACUACCCACCGGAGAAGCUCAGCGUGUAUCUCUCAGAUGAUGCUGGUUCAGAUAUUACCUUCUAUGCUCUCUUAGAAGCCUCUCAGUUUGCUAAACAUUGGAUACCAUAUUGCAAAGAUUUCAAUGUGGAACCAAGAUCUCCAGCAGCAUAUUUUAUCUCAGUUUCUGAUACACAUGACACCAAGCAGGAUAAACCCUUGGCAACUAUCAAGAAAUUAUAUGAAGACAUGGAGAACAGAAUUGAAAGUGCAGCAAAGCUAGGCCGACUCUCCAAGGAAAUAUGCUCAAAACAUAGAGGAUUUUCUCAGUGGAAUUUGUAUGCUUCCAGGCGUGACCAUCAUACUAUUCUUCAAAUAUUGAUUGAUGGCAACGCCACAGAUAUUAAAGGAAGUGCAUUGCCAACUUUGGUGUAUUUGGCUAGGGAGAAGAGACCCCAACAUCCCCAUAACUUCAAAGCUGGAGCUGUGAAUGCAUUGAUAAGAGUGUCGUCGAAUAUUAGCAAUGGGCAGAUCAUUCUUAAUGUAGACUGUGAUAUGUACUCAAACAAUUCACAUGCUGUUCUAGAUGCUCUAUGCUUCUUCUUGGAUGAAGAGAAGGGUCAUGAGAUUGCUUUCGUGCAGUUUCCGCAGAUCUUUGAGAACAUUACUAAGAAUGAUAUAUAUGGUAAUUCAUUAAUAGUAGGCCGUGAGGUAAUCAUUUAUACAGCAUGUACAAGCAGGGUAUUAUCCUUUAAUCUUUUUUUUCUUUCAAUGAAUUAUUCUUCUGUAUCUGAAAACAAUGAGGUUGUUCUGAAGGUGGAAUUUCAUGGUUUGGAUGGUUAUGGAGGCCCAUUAUACAUUGGAACAGGAUGCUUUCACAGAAGGGAUGCGCUAUGUGGAAAGAAAUUCAGUGAGGAAUGCAAGAUUCAAUGGAAGGGAGGAAAUAAUACGAUGAGGAGAGAGGAAAGUGCGCAUGAACUAGAAGAAACUUCCAGGUUUCUUGCAAGUUGUACCUAUGAAGAGAACACUCAAAGGGGAAAAGAGAUUGGUUUGAAAUACGGGUGUCCGGUUGAAGAUGUGAUAACAGGAUUAUCAAUCCAAUGCCAAGGGUGGAAAUCAGUUUACUUCAAUCCACCAAGGAGUGCCUUCAUUGGUGUUGCACCAACCACACUACCUCAGACACUAGAGCAGCACAAAAGAUGGAGUGAGGGUGACUUCCAGAUUUUUCUUUCAAAGUACGGUCCUGCUUGGUUCGCCCAUGGAAAGAUCAGUUUGGGCCUUCAAAUGGGGUACUGCUGCUAUUGCCUCUGGGCUCCAAACUGCUUGCCUACAUUAUAUUAUUCCGUGGUUCCUUCUCUUUGUCUGCUUAGAGGCAUUUCCUUGUUUCCACAGUGCUCAACUCCCUGGUUUAUACCAUAUGUAUAUGUCAUAGUUUCCAAGUAUGCUUAUAGUCUCAUCGAGUUUCUCUGGUCUGGAGGCACAAUCCUUGGCUGGUGGAACAACCAAAGAAUGUGGCUGUACAGAAGAACAAGUUCCUAUGUCCUUGGCUUCACUGAUACCAUCUUAAAGUCACUAGGAUUUUCUGAUACUGCCUUUGUGAUCACAGCAAAGGUAGCAGACGAGGAUGUUUUAGAACGAUAUCAAAGGGAGAUCAUGGAAUUUGGACCCUCCUCUUCUUCUCCAAUGUUCACUCUCCUGGCGACCAUUGCGUUGCUGAAUCUGUUUUCCCUGCUUGGAGUGGUGCAGAAGCUGGCCUUGAACAAGGAUUCAAUAAGCCAAUACCAGGCAAUGGCCCUGCAAAUCCUUCUGUGUAGCCUUUUGGUUCUGAUCAACUUGCCAUUGUACCAAGGCCUUUUCCUAAGGAAGGAUAAGGGCAAGAUCCCAAGCUCCGUAGCUGUUAAAUCAGUGGUGUUGGCUCUCUCUGCUAUUACCUGCUUCACAUUCAUGUAUUGAGAUUUCACUAAUUCCAAUAUAAAUACAUUGUUUGGUUGAUUUUUGUAUAUUAAUAA